AUGACCGCCCGGCAUCGAUACAAUCAAAACAUUCACCUCUUGGAAACCAAGAAGAAAAGCGAACUAGACGGAAGCGCUGGGUUUCAAGUGCUAGAGUCAUCACUCGCCUGGAAUUUUGACAAUGCGCUAUCAACUACUGAUAGCUGUUGGGCGAGGGGGAAAGAUACAAGCCCCGAUUUACUCGCCGCAAAAUAUCGUAAUGAUGCAUCCGAUCCCAUCGAAAACGAGUUUGAGGAGCGGUCUGGGGUCAAACAACCGCAGCUCGUAUAUCAAAGUCGGGGGGAGGUCUUUUCUGCACCCAGCCUCGAGUGUAGGCGUUCUAGAGGCGGAGCUCUAGAGGCGAAACCCUCUGGGCGCAAAGCCGCUUACGUAGAGCACGGGGAGAGUCUUUCCGUGGCUAAUGAAAAUGAAAAUUCAUAUUCGCAGAGAUGGGGGGAGGAUUCUGGUUUACUCCUAGAAACUGGAAGUCUAGAAGGGCAGACCUCCAAAGCCUCGACUUUCCAGGAGCACAAUUACGAUAAUUUGUGGGACCUUACAUUAGAGACAUCAAACCUUCAGGACCAAGCCCCAGACCAGAGCUCUUUCAACGAAAACACUCAGAACGGCGGGGACCUUCGACAACCUAACAAGGUUGUUCUAAGUUCACUAGGUAUUGAGCCGCCACGAUUCAAGAGCGCAAACCUCCAAAAAUAUAAACGUAGGCGUGGUAUUUAA